ACAUGGCCCAGGUGGAAUUUCUGAAUGACAGGUGAUGGGUCAGAAUGAAUAUUUUAUAACCUGGCAUCAGGGCGGGUAUAAAAAGUCGCAGCGCUGGAGCACAAGGAGCAUUAACACGAUCUUCAUCACCAUGACCAAAGUCUGCCUCGUCCUCAUCAGCGUCACCUGCUGUCUAUCAGCUGUUCUCUCGUGCUGUGAUGAGUCGCUCGAUCAGCGCUCCGUACAUACAGCCAUCAUCAAAACCCAACAGGAGAAAGACCUGAUCGAGGCUCUGCAGGAGGUUCUUCAGAAAUUACAGAACAAACAACUACCAAACACCACAAAGAAGUUCGGCCAACUUCCCUCUUGUGAUGCGGGUGAACCGUGUGCAGCACGUAAGGGGGCGAGGGUGGGCAAACUGUGUGGCUGCCCCCCCGGGACCACCUGCGACUUCUUCAUCAUGAAGUGCCUCUGAGGAAGAAAGCCCUACACAUCAAGAGUACUUCUGUAUUGUUUCGCUUAAAGUGACGUGUACACUCCUGCUGUGUUUCCCUUAAAGUGAAGCGUAUUGUGUCCUGUACACUACUGUACUAUUAUCAUGAAGGGUAUACUUCUGUACUGUUUCCCUUUUCCCCUUAUAGUGUACACUUCAUGACCAACAAUAAAAGAAAGCUGUUGUUUACUACAAACUGUCUCACUGCAUUUCUGUGUCUUAGAGAGACAGUGAGAGAGACAGAGACAGUGAAAGGGACAGAGAAAGAGUGUGUGUUUAAGUGUGCUUAAGGAAUGAGAAGUGCACUAUUCACUGCUGUGUCACACAUCAUGUAUAGUUUAAGGUGUUAA